AUGGGCUGUUCAAGAAUUCUGACAUGGACACUGAGUGUCCUCCUGAGCUGGAUGUGUGUGGAUCAAGCGGUGGCUGAACCGCAGUACCUGGUGGCCAUUCCUGCAGUUAUAGAAGCUGGAGCUGAGACCAAAUUUUGUGCAAGUCUUCUGCAGCCCAGUGAGACUGUGGUCAUGACUGUCACUUUGAUGUCCAGAGAGGAGAAUACAACCCUGCUCACACAUACAUCCAAUGAAGAUUUUCUGCAUUUCAGGGUUGUUGCACUGGACCCCAAGUUGAGACCUGUCAGUCAGCUGUGCAACAUCAUUGAACUCGAGAAUCCCAAUAAAAACAGGAUUGGACAGUGGUUAAAUGAAACAUCCAAUAAUAAAAUAUUGCAGCUUUCAUACUCCUUGAACUCUGAGGCCCAUGAAGGAACGUACAAAAUAAUUGUCUCUGUGGGUGAAGAUAAAUUUGUUCACAAAUUCAAGGUGGAAAAGUAUGUUUUACCCAAAUUUGACAUAACAGUAAAUGUAUCUGAAGAAGUGAGUAUUGGCCAGGAAGAAGUUGAUAUUAAAUCAUGUGCAAAGUACACAUUUGGACAGCCUGUUCCAGGAAGUAUUACAGUUACGAUGUGCCGACUUCUUGAACGCUCUAUUUCCUCUGCUAAGAAACACAAGACAGAGGCUCCCUGCCACACAGAGACCAAACGGGCUGAUGGAACAGGCUGUGCAGCUGUUACGUUCAAGAUGUCAACCUUCACCAAAAUUAACAAAAAAUUCCUUAAAGAUAAGCUGAAUGUCAUUGCCAAAAUGGAAGAGGAGGGAACAGGAAAGUCUUGCAGCAUUUCACACAAACAAGAAAUGAAAAUAAGAAUUUCUUUUGUCCUUGGAAAAGCAUCUUUUGUUGAUGUUCCCAAGAUUUGGGAACCAGGAUCAAAUGUGGAGGGAAAAGUUAAAGCAGUUUACUACAAUGAUACACCCAUUUCCAAAGCACCUGUCUACCUGUUUGUGGGAGAACGUUGGUCGGAACGCUUACUAAAAAAUCUAACAACUGACAGCAACGGUGUCGCUGAGUUUUCAUUCAGCACAGAUAACUUUCAUGAAGAUAUUAAACUCCAUGUAACCCUGACACCAACCCUAUACUUCCAAAGCCAUAGAACUCCUUUUUAUGAUUUAGGAUUUCACACAGUGUAUACAUCCCAACCUCCUUCUCAAGAUGAAAAAACAUUUAGCUUGCUGAAGCUGAAGAUGAAGGAUAAACCCCUUUCCUGCGAUGCAGAAGAGGAUAUAUCUAUUCAGUACACUAUAGUGAGGGAAACCGCAGUUUACAUGGAUGUGGUAUAUCUGGUGUUGUCCAGAGGAGCCAUUGUCAUGCAAGGAUUUAAACAGAUUAAAUUUAAAGAUCAGUCAGUGAAUGAGGGUGAGGUGUCCUUUAAAUUGAGAAUUUCUACUGACAUGGCACCAGUCGUCCAGAUUGUAGCAUAUGCUGUACUUUCCAGUACGAAUGUGAUUGCCCACAGCGCUGACUUCUCUACUGAGAAAUGCUUCAGUCACAAGGUGUCAUUGGAGUUCACACCUUCUUCAACUGUGCCAGGAGAAAAAACCAACAUGGAGGUGACGGCGCUUCCACACUCUUUGUGUGGUUUAAGUGCCAUCGACAAGAGUGUCCUCAUCAAAGAGCCUGAGAAUAUUCUGGAUGCAGAUAAGAUAUUUAACUUGCUGCCUGUCAUGAAAGCAUCUUAUUUCCCAUAUCGGCUACGAGAACCAAGAAAAUGCUUGAAAGUGAGAACAAGAAGAUAUAGUUCACCUAAAGGAGAUAAUGAAGCCUACAUUGCUUUUCAGAGAGUAGGAUUAAAGGUGGCAACAAACCUGCUGCUCGAAAUUCCUUCAUGUCUGAGUUUCAUGGGAAGAGAAUACGAUUUUUAUUCUUUCUUUUUUUUUCUUUUUUUUUAUGAUUCUAAAUUACAAGCGGGUUCAAGUUACUCUGGAGGAUCUUUAGGUCCAUCAGAAGGACCGAUGAAAACUGUCCGUGCUUUCUUCCCCGAGACUUGGAUUUGGGACCUGGUGGAAGUUGGAGAGUCUGGAUCAAAGGAUGUGUCCCUCACUGUCCCUGACACCAUCACGACCUGGGAGACGGAGGCUUUCUGCUUGUCCUCUCAGGGUUUUGGUUUGGCUCCUCGUCAAGAAGUUGAGGUCUUCCAGCCCUUCUUCCUCGAGCUCACCAUGCCCUACUCCAUCAUCCGUGGGGAGCACUUUGAACUGAAGGCAACUGUCUUCAGCUACCUGACCAGCUGCAUCAUGGUCACAGUCUUUUCUACGCCUUCCUCAGAUUAUACCCUCACCCCUCUUUCCGGUGAGCAGUACACAUCCUGUUUGUGUGCUAAGGAGCGCAAGACUGUGAGCUGGACCAUGAUUCCAACAGUUUUAGGGGCUGUGAAUGUGACUGUGUCUGCUGAGGCAGUGCCAUCCCAUGUUUCAUGUGAUAAUGAGGUUGUGAGAGUACCAGAGAGAGGCCGCAUUGAUGUGGUCACAAAAUCCUUCAUAGUAAAGGCUGAGGGGACUGAGAUGACAAAGACAUCCAACUGGCUGCUUUGUCCAAAAGGAGACACACUGACAGAGGAAACUGAGAUACAGCUGCCUGAGAAUGUGAUUGAAGGAUCUGCCCGCACUUUUGUAUCAGUCCUGGGUGACAUCCUCGGCCGGGCUCUGAAGAACUUGGAUGGACUGCUCCGGAUGCCAUAUGGAUGUGGAGAGCAGAACAUGGCUCUUCUAGCCCCCAACAUCUACAUCCUCCAGUACCUGAAAGGCACACAGCAGCUCACCCCAGCUAUCAUGGAAAAAGCUGCGAACUUCCUGACCAGUGGUUACCAAAGACAGCUGAACUACAAAAGUGAUGAAGGCGCAUACACCACAUUUGGAAGAGGACCAGGAAACACUUGGCUGACUGCUUUUGUGAUGAGAAGUUUUGCCAAAGCUCAGUCUUUUGUCUACAUUGAUCCAAAAAUCAUUCAAGAAUCUAAGACAUGGCUGGAAAAUAAACAACAAACAAAUGGCUGUUUUAAAAAGUCAGGCGAACUCUUCAACAACAGAAUGAAGGGUGGUGUGUCUGAUGAAGUGACUCUCAGUGCAUACAUCACUGCUGCUUUCUUGGAAAUGAAUAUGUCCCAACAUGAUCCUGUGGUGAAUAAUAGCUUGGCUUGUCUCAGGGAGUCCAUCAAUGACCUCAGCAACACCUACACUACAGCUCUGCUGGCCUAUGUCUUCACCCUGGCAGGAGACACGGAGACCCGCACUCACCUUUUGCAGCACUUAGACACAGUUGCAGUGAGGGAAGGAGGUUUCCUGUACUGGUCUCAGACAGCAGCAGAAACAUCAGCCUCCCUGUCAGUGGAAAUUAGUUCUUAUGUGCUGUUGGCCAAACUCAGUGCCUCCACAACUGCUGAUGACCUGGGUUAUGCCUCUGGCAUUAUUAGGUGGCUGACUGGCCAGCAGAACUACUAUGGAGGCUUCUCCUCCACUCAGGACACAGUGGUGGCUCUUCAGGCUCUGGCUCUCUACUCCACUCUGGUGUUCAGUCCUGAGGGUUCAAGCACAGUGACAGUUCAGUCUGACAGCAGUCAGCUGACAUUUGAUGUAAAUCCGGGCAACAAACUGCUCUACCGGGAGGAGACGAUGCAGGGCGUGUCAGGAAGAUACAGCCUGGAGGUGAAGGGCACUGCAUGUGUGUCAGUGCAGAUUUCUGUUCACUACAACAUCCCGAGUCCCACUGAUGUCACUACUCUCAGCGUGGAGGUCAAAUCAGAGGUUGAUGCAACAAGUGAAUCCAGACGCAAGCUCACUCUGACAAUAAAAUCCCUGUACAGUGGAAAGGAGAAUACUACCAACAUGGUGAUCCUGGAUAUCAAAAUGCUCUCUGGAUUUGUCCCAAAUGCAGUGUCUUUAAAGAUGCAUGUACUGGAGCUGGAAGCCAGGGAACCACUGCACACAUUCAUAUACAUUGAUGAGGCGGGUUUCAAUCUGGCCAAAGGCGUGGAAGAAAUCGCAUUGGACAGAGAACGGAGAAAAGGAGAAGAUCAAGACAGAGUUUUGCAGAGGAAGUUUCACACCAUCACUCUUCCUAGUGGAGAAGUGUGGCUGACCGUGAGCCGGACAAGUUCACCACAGAUCUCUGACCAGCCAUCGACAAGCCAAUCACUGAGCUCUAGAAACCCAAACAUAAAGGGUCUUGAGAAGACUUUCAGGAUAGAUGUUUUCCUGAUGUUUUUCCUGAGAGACAACUGUAAAGCAUACAAAUUUUUUGAAAAACAACUGUCGUCAAUCGACUGCACAUUGGAGCUAAAUUUUGAUGAAGAGGAGGUUUUGGUUAGAGGAGAGGUUGACAAGGGGCCAGGAGGAGGUUUUGGUGGUGCUGCAGAGAAAUGGGAGUGUCAAGUGGAUCAGGUCUUUAUUCGGCUCACUGAGAGCUACAACUGCUAUCAUGUGCUUGAGCCAAAACAGGUGAAAAUGGUACUGCAGGACUCGGCCUUUAAGACAGAUGAUAUCAAAGUUUACACAGAGAGUGGCUAUGCUGUGGUUGUGGGAGAGGUUGAUGCCAUGAAGGAGAAGAUUGCAAUUCUGGAAAAAAGCCUACCCACCAGAAAGGAAGUGCCGAUUGUGGAGAAGAACUUCAAGCUCAUAGAAGAAGAGUUCAAUCGAGAAAUGCGUGCUAAUUGUCCAGAGGUUACAAUCAUCAGAGGUAGUGCCAUGAUCACUUUGGAGGGCCCUGACAAAGAGGUGCAGUCAGGAGCUGCAAAACUGGUUGAACUGAUUAAGAACGUAAAGGAGAAGAGCGUUAAGUUCCCUACAGCUCUGCUAACCUUCAUGAAGACCAGUGAUGCCAUCCCAAAAUACCAAACUCGCUUCCAGGGGUUUGUCAAGGUCUGGCUGUGUGGCAAGCAGAGGUUGGACCCAAAUGCAGGACUCCAGAGACGAAACAUGAACUUAUGCAGCUUUAUUGCUGAGAACUACAAACUGAAAAUUGAGCGUUUGCAGAACGUUCACCUGCGGCGCACCUAUGAAGCACAGAAGAAGCACAUUUCUGAUAAGAACGCACAGGAGGGAGGAGCAGGGGAGAAACUUCUGUACCACGGGACGACCCAGGAAAAUUGCAACUCCAUAGUGAAAACUGGAUUCAACAGGAGCUUUGCUGGACAAAAUGUUCCAGUCAGUCUCAGCAAUGUCAUCAUAGAAACCAUGAUAGAUGAUCCCCAUCUCGGUCAUCACACACUCCUCCCUCUCCAUCUCAUCAUCCAGAAACACAGCAUCCUCUGA